GGCUCCUCAUAGCCCUGAUCAUGGACCUGGUUUGACCGAAGCUCUCCACGGAGGACAUAGGCAGUGCUCUUCCGUCCGGUUAACCCUUCUCAACUUACCAACUCAGGUCCUCAACAUAGUAAGGUACACCUACUUACCCCUUGCCACUGCCCAGAUGUUGACCCCAGUUCAAUACGCGGCCUGAGCCCUCUGCACUGGGUACCCUUCCCUUCAUCCAAGCGGAGUGAUGUGCUCAUGCAGUUCAGCCCUUCUAAGUUCCACUUUCUUGGUUUGAAAAGUGGGGUGAUGUAGGAGACAUGAAGGUCCUUGUGAUCACAGAUAAGCCCUAAGGGAACCUGGAGUGUUAGCACACAGGAUUGUUCCUUCAAGGGAGGGGAUGUGAUACCCGCUGUCCUCCCAGAAGGCUGGGAUCAGAUGUGCAUUCUAGCCUGGUGACCUUUGCGCUAUCUGUGUAGCCAGAGACCACACUGGACCCUCCCUUAUGGUAAGCUUGCUUUUCUCAGCCAUCUAUAGAACCUAUCAUCUUCCAUACAAAAUACUUCUAUAGAUCAACUGAGAAAAACUUUACAAACUUAACAAAGAAUUUCGAUGUAGUCACGUCUGAUCCUUAUUUAGCUUGUUUUGUUCCUCAAAGAGAUUAUGUAUGCCUUAUUUGUACACAUGGGAUUGAAUUCAUUAUCACCAGAAAAGUUUUCAUCAAACUGUGCUGUGCUUAAAUACGCCUAAAAUAAACCACUCUGGGUCGGACUCCUGAAGUUUGCAUUAACAUCAGCUACUUAGUAAUGUUGAACUCAACUGCUUUCUUUCCUCCCAAGGAUCACGACUCUGCUGGCCAUGGUGGUCAAAGUGACCCCCACAGGGACCUGCCUCCUAGUGUGGCCUGAAGAACUACUAAGUUGUGGGCAACAAGUGUUGUGGAGGGUGGGGGGCAGACUGGGAGUUUCCCAUCGCUUCCUGAAGCAGGUAUCACGUGCAUCUUAUUUGGUACUUGUUGCUGGGACUCCAGGAAAUCACUCCUCUGGGAUCUCAAGCCUUCAGGGCAAAGGUGGUUGUCCGACUCUGUUCUAGGACCUUUUAUCACUCGCCAGCGCCAAACACACACCUGGAGUUCAGAGAUGUCUUACACCUGGUGAUACCUGAAUGAGGGUCCCAGGCUGAGGAGCAGAAUCCUUUCCAGCCUUGCCCAUAAGACCCUGGAAGACCUGUAAGUGAUUUGCAUAAGCCCUGGACCGGGCAGAAGCAGCUGGUUUAAAACCCAUGGUGAAAUGAAAUUGGGGAGACUUGAGGCUUUGCCGAGGAUGGUGACCACAGGGUGGGCUGCACAGGGUGGGUGGCACAGGGUGGGCAGCACAGAGGAAAGCUCAGAAUCAUACCCAGGCAGGCUGUUGGAAGCAUAUAGACACCCUUGGAAGAGCCGGAACUGGAACAGGAUUUGGCCAAUUUCUUCAUUGUUUAGUGUCUUCCUUGAAAUUUUUGUGAGCUGUAUAAUUUUUGCUACGAGUAAGAAAAAGGCUUUGAACAACAUGCUUUCAGUGGAGGCUGGGAGAUCUGGGGGAAGGCUUGCUGAGCUCUGUGCCUCAGUUUCCACAUGUAUGAAACGGGGUUCUGAAUUCUUCCUCCAAGGGAGACCAGGAGGAUCCCUUAGGACAAUGGUACUGCCUUUGAACAGGCCUGGAGGAUAAGACUCUCCUCCGACCUCCUUGGGGACAUCUAGACUGAGAGCCGAUCCCUGCUGCUCACUCAGUGUGUGAGGCUGGGGCUGUGGUGGCGGCUGAGCAUCCCAGCUGCUGACAGUGCAGCCUCCCUUCUGAGCUGAGCACAGGCAUUUUGGGAAAUCCCUUAAUACCUCUAUUCUGUGCAGGCGUAUAUAGGGAGGGCCAGAACGCUAGCUCUCCACUGCACUGCCCAGAGGCCCCUGCCUGACUCACUGCCAGCCUUCGGUCCCUGCGUUGCCAAGAAGAACAUGGACGUCACCAUCCAGCACCCUUGGUUCAAGCGCGCCCUGGGGCCCUUCUACCCCAGCCGACUCUUCGACCAGUUUUUCGGCGAGGGCCUUUUUGAAUAUGACCUGCUGCCCUUCCUGUCUGCUACCAUCAGUCCCUACUACCGCCAGUCGCUCUUCCGCACGGUGCUGGACUCGGGAAUCUCCGAGCUCAUGACCCAUAUGUGGUUUGUAAUGCACCAACCACAUGCUGGAAACCCCAAGAACAACCCCAUCAAGGCAAGUUCCAUGGCAGAGGUCCGAUCUGACCGGGAUAAGUUCGUCAUCUUCUUGGACGUGAAGCACUUCUCUCCCGAGGACCUCACUGUGAAGGUGCAGGAGGACUUCGUGGAGAUCCAUGGCAAGCACAACGAGAGGCAGGAUGACCAUGGCUACAUCUCCCGCGAGUUCCACCGCCGCUACCGUCUGCCUUCCAAUGUGGACCAGUCCGCCCUCUCCUGCUCCCUGUCUGCGGAUGGCAUGCUGACCUUCUCUGGCCCCAAGGUCCAGUCCGGCUUGGAUGCUGGUCACAGUGAGAGGGCCAUUCCUGUGUCACGGGAGGAGAAGCCCAGCUCGGCCCCCUCGUCCUAAGCAGGCCUUGCCUUGGUUGUCCCCUGAGGCCCCUGACCCAGGGGCCACAGCAGUCUGCCUUCCUACCUUCCUUUCUUUCUCUUUGUUCCCUUUCCAUUUUCUCAGAGGGUUGAGGGUUUGAGGGAGUGGCUUAGAGAGCUUGGGGUCUUGGCCUGAGGUGCUGCGGGUUCAGGGUGACCCAGGCUCAACACCGGCCGGUUGGAGGGAAUGAUGGCAUGGAACUCUUGAGAUAUGAUCUGUCCUCUUGGAAUGAGGCAUCUGAGCUCUGCUCCAAAGGCAGAGUGGGUGGUGGCUAACCAACUCUGAGAGCCCUCUGCCGAGCCCCUGGGUGGCAGCCUCCCCUCUUGCCCGUACUUACUGAAGGCUCAUGUGCUGGGCUCCGACCGCCAACUUCUCUCAACCCCUCUUCCUGAGACUUUCUCUAUGUAGUAUUGCUCUUGGGGACCCUGGUCACCCAUGAGAAUGGAGCCCCUGGCAGACAAUAAAGAGCAGGUGACAGAAGCAA